AUGGUGACUCCUCAAAGACGAAGGCCCCUUACCACCUGCCUGGAAGUUCAAGAAUGGAGACCGAGCCGAACCCCUCGAAGCGGCCGCUGCCCUCUCGGAGUCUUCGCCAACUAUUUUUGCAGAACGGAAACAGACUGUAAUCCCAUGGAGCUGAGCAGUGUGUCAGCAUUUGAAGAAGAUGCAGAGCUUAAUGGCUUUGAAGGAACUGAUAUGAAAGACAUGAGGCUGGAAGCUGAAGCAGUUGUAAACGAUGUUCUCUUUGCUGUUAACACCAUGUUUGUCUCAAAAACCCUGCGCUGUGCAGACGAUGUGGCCUAUAUCAAUGUGGAAACAAGAGAAAGGAAUAGAUACUGCCUGGAGCUCACUGAAGCCGGGCUCAGGGUGGUAGGCUAUGCUUUCGACCAGGUGGAUGAUCAUUUACAGACUCCCUACCAUGAAACAGUCUACUCCUUGUUGGAUACACUCAGCCCUGCCUACCGGGAAGCAUUUCGAAAUGCACUCCUUCAAAGACUGGAAGCUUUGAAAAGGGAUGAACAGUCAUGACUCAGUUUUUUCCUGUUUGAGAGGCCGCUGCUGGUACACAAUGUUGACCUAAAGCUUGAAAUUCUUCCAGAUGGUCAUAGUAGAAAAUGCAUCUUUGAUUUUGUGUCUUUAUCAUUGUUUGCUUCACAUUUAGGCUUUUGAUUGAGAACUUUAUUGACUAAUGAAUCGUCUUUC